AGAUGUAACCUAUCAUAUCAUUAAACAUGCCUACAGCAAGCCAAGCAAUGAUAGUUAUGAGCGGAGAGGGAGAGGAUCCAAGAAUACCACGAAGGAGAUACAACGGAGAGACCGGAGCCUUCUCUGUUGCAAAUUACGAUAUGGAAUUGGCUAUCCGUUUGAAGAACAUUGGAUUCUUAAAUCAGGGAAUUUCUGGUACCGGAUUUUCGGACCAAAUUCCAGGAAAAUAUACAAAGAUGAAAGGACUCUCCACAAAUAUGGGUACAUAUGAUCCAGUUAGAAGGGUCUAUCGUUGGGAAGUGUCUAAUUCACACACAGAAAGACGGCCGCAAAUAAGAAGUAGUGACACUAACACAACGGAAAACAUUGUAUGGUUCCCAAAAAGAGAGCGCGUGGAUAAGAGGCAUGACUUAACAGGAAAUUUAUUGCCAAAACUCAGUGGGAAAUCAGGUAGCACUCCAAAUGUCACGUUAGAGGAUUUGGGAUUUCGAAGGAGAAAAACUGUAACAAGAACUUCUGCUCAUCCUAAGAGUGGAACAUCUCUUGCAUCACUUGGAACAAAGUUUGUUCUGUCUCCUAACGAACGCCACACAGUGUCCAUAGAGAGUGUUUACGAAAAGCCUGAGCAAGAAACACGAGUAGGGGACUCCUUGGAAAACCCAGUGAAAGAGACACCAAAACCUCAAAAGCUUUCAUUACUGGAAGAUGUAAAAAGGACGGUGAAUUACGACAGCCGAGUCCAACCGGCGAUGUACAUGCGCAAAAACCGCCCACCACCGAAUCCGUUCGCAGUCUGUCUUAGCUUCCGGGAAAACGAUGAUUACACCCACACCGAUGUCAGAGACAUCCUGGAAUCGCAGCUUGGUCUCAAAGUCCGCUCUGUUCAGUAUGAUCCUUUGUCGAUCCGCUCAUCGGAUCCGGAUGUGGGAACAAGGUGGAUCGUUACGUACGCUACUCCGGCGGAAUGUGAGUUCGUGGUCAGCAAAGGUGUAGAAGUGAAUGGGGAUAAAAUAGCUAUAAAGCUGCUAGACGACGUUAUUAAUUGUGAAUGUGAGGCAUACGCAUUGUACAGAGAGGAUGAGAGACAGAAAAGGAUUGACGAGGGGAACCGAAUGAUUCGAAAAGAGAGAAAAAGGAAGAGGAGACCAAAAGAUUGAAAAUUACAUGAAUUCCAUUCACAGAUGUUUCAUUUUAAGAAAAGAAACAGGUUCAUGUAGCACAUAUAUUUAAAUCUUUCAGUAAGUGAUCAUAAGCUCGUGAACAAAGAUUGUGUGGACGUCUGAGUGCUUAAAUAUUUACUAGAAAAUUUUUAAGUUUGUCUUUUCUGAGAGUUAACAUAAGAGCGUAUAGAUGUUUAAAAUGUAACUUUAAUGUUCUAUAAUUCAUAAUGGCGAAAACAUGUUUGUUUUUUUAAUUCACUGAAAUGUUAACAUAAA